AAUAUUUUCGUAUGGAAACUGAUCAACAAAUUGCAUUAGUUCAAUAUGAUUAUACUGAUCAAAUACUUAAACGUGCUUAUUUCGCUCAAAAUCCUAAUGAAAAUCAAAUCAAAAUAAUGAAAAAUUUAUGUAAACUCAAAUUAAAUCAAGAAAUGACGAAACAUGAAGUUAAUUUAUUAAAAGAAAAUAUCUUGUCAUAUAUACCUUCUCAUCCAUUUGAACGAGAGUCUAGCAUUGCACAAACAUCAUUCAUCGAUCGUAUUCAUAAUCCUAAAAUUCGACAACAAUUAUAUAAACAAUAUAAGAAUGUUGCUGAACAAGCGAGAAAUAGUAUGAUGACUGUUUAUAUGAAAUGUGCUGAAGGACAAAAACAACAAUGCCAAAUACAAUAUGAUAUGGGCUUGAAAAAUAUUUAUGAUACCGAAAAAAAUCAUCCACCUCAUCAACGAUUAACUAAAUCUAUGUGGUAUCUAAUCGAACAUCUUUCAGCUAAUAUUACUGCACGUAUUGAAUGUUUAUACAAGUUUAAAAAAGAAUUAUUUCAAUUGAAAUCCAAUAUUCAUUAA